AUGACUGUCAAUGAUGACGGGCCUCCCUUAGGAUUUAUCUCUAUUGAUGUCACUUUACACAGGCCACCGGGUGAUCCUUUCAAUGAGGAUACCUGGCCAUUUCCUCUGAUCCGAGAGAAAGUUGAUGGCUCAUCAGAGUCUCAAGUAGUGUGCUCAGGGCCAUAUGACGACACCUUUAUCAACAAAUUUGUUGAAGCCGGUGAGAGGCUUUCGAAGCGAGGAGCCGUGGGUAUCAUCACAAGUUGUGGUUUCCUAGCAAUGACGCAGCCAGAGUAUGUUUAUCCCGUCGCAAAUCGUGUAUUCGGUCUUAUCCACUAA